AUGUUGAAUUCAACUGGCAGAUCAAUUCCUCGCUAUACCUUCCUUUUCAUUACUUCAUACCUACUCAUGAGUGAAUCUCCAGUCACCCAAGCUCAAGCUACUCCUGACCAAAUCGCUCAUGUUAUAUCUAAAUAUGACGCGUUGGAAUUUUCAUCCGGCCGUGCAAAUGGUUUCGGAAUCCCACUCAAAGCUCUAGCUUUACUCAACGUAAAUUAUCCCAAUGGAAGCAUAAAAGAUGGUCAACCUUACAAUCAACCAGAUGUUGCCACUAAGCCUACUAUCAGUGUCACUCCUACUGCCUCUGCUGUGGAGAAUUUCACAGCCCCUAGCCAAUUUACCCUCGUUAUGGCAGAUGCCAACACGAUUGGAAACCCAGACCCACUAGCCGGUUAUCGACAUUACCUACAAAACGGUGUGACUUUUGCGGACCCUUUGCCAAACAACACCUUGAAUAUCAAUGAAGCAUCUGGAAAUGCAGUAACAGUAACCGAUUAUGUUGGACCCGCUCCUCUUGUCAACACAGGAAAACAUCGUUAUGCAAUGCUUUUAUUUGCUCAACCUUUACAAUUCAUUGCCCCUGUGAACUUGUCAGCGGUCAAUACUGGACCUGGGAAUUGGGAUUUGAAGACAUAUGUUACCUCAACUGGAUUAGGAGAUCUAGUAGCUGCAAGCUUCUUUACCAUUCAGAAUGGAACUGGCUCUUCGUACAAUGCGACUGCCAUCAACUCUACCUUUGAUGACCAUGUUGCAUCCACGAAAGCUAAAUCUUACAAUGGUCUCGCACCUGGUCAAUACGUCAACGUAUCUGAUUUGAUGAAGAUUGUUCUUGGAAGUGGAGUCAUAGGUAUUGGCUCCUUGAUGGUUUAA